CUGGCUUGCACUCCCUCUCACUCUUUCCCUGAGGAAAGGCUGAUACUUAAGAGGGUUGGUUUAUCCUGAGGAAUUCAGUGCAUAAAGCCUUAACUGCUGUCAUAGUGUCACUCAUGAUGUACAGCUUCAUGGGAGGGGGCCUGUUUUGUGCCAUUGUGGGGAACAUCCUGUUGGUGGUCUCCACAGCUACAGACUACUGGAUGCAGUAUCGUCUGUCAGGCAGCUUUGCCCAUCAGGGCCUGUGGAGGUACUGCAUGUCUGGCAAGUGCUACAUGCAGACUGACAGCAUUGCCUACUGGAAUGCCACUCGUGCUUUCAUGAUCCUCUCUGCCAUGUCGUGCUUUGCUGGCAUCAUCGCAGGAAUCCUCUCCUUUGCCCACUUCUCGGCCUUUGAGAGGUUCAACCGCUCAUUUGCUGCUGGGAUCAUGUUCUUUGUUUCAACUCUCUUUGUUUUGCUUGCAAUGGCCAUUUACACUGGGGUGACAGUGAACUUCCUGGGCAAGCGCUUUGGUGACUGGCGCUUCUCUUGGUCCUACAUACUAGGCUGGGUGGCACUGCUCAUGACCUUCUUUGCAGGUAUAUUCUACAUGUGUGCCUACAGAAUGCAUGAGUGCAGAAGAGUGGCUGGCCCACGUUAA